AUGUCCACAAAGGUGAAAGGCCUUCUUAAAGGCCUUAGGUACAUUUCUCAAGUUUUUGAUGAGGAUAAAGAAAAGGAUAUGCAAAUUGGUUUUCCAACAGAUGUAAAGCAUGUUGCACAUAUAGGAUGGGAUGGUCCAUCAAUUGAUAAUCCAAGCUGGAUGAAAGAAUUUAAAUCACCAGGAGCAUUUCAAUCAGCACCUUUGAUUACUUCUCCGAGAGAACUUAAAGAAAAUCCUGAUAUUAAAUGGGUUUCUGAAGAUUCAAAUAGAAGGUCAAGAAAAACAAAUUCUUCACCAACCAAAGACAAACCAGAGAAGCCAAGAACAUCCAGGAGGCAUUCCACAACAGAAAAUGGAAUCAAUGAAGACUCUACAAAAAAAGAGCAUGGCACCAAAUCCAGGAGUUCCAGGAGACACCAUAACAAGGAAACGUCCGAUGGAAACAAAUCGAGUGAAUCCUCGAGCAAAAACAACCCCGAUAUCCCUAAAAAAUCGCGAAGAAAGAAGUCCAAGGAGGACGGUGGCUCGAUCCGACCAUCAAAAUCCAAAGGCACUUCUUCUAAUACAACACAAACUACAGAGUCAGGUCCUGGACAGGAAAGUGAGAGUAGUGAAAUUUCUAAAGAAAAACAAGAGGAGUGA